GGCCUGUCCCCUGCUGGCCGCCGCGCUGCUCCCGGGUCCGCGCAAGGCGCCCGCCGCCGCCGCUGCCUUCGAGUCGGAACUCGGCUUCUCCUCGGACGCGGAGCCGGACGCGGGCGAGGCCAAGGCUUAUGCAGGAAAAGAUCUGGAGGACCAGUUGCGGUCGGUGUCUAGUGUAGAUGAACUCAUGACUGUACUCUACCCAGAAUACUGGAAAAUGUACAAGUGUCAGUUACGGAAAGGAGGCUGGCAACAAAAUAAAGAACAACCCAAUGUCAAAACAAGAACAGAAGACACUAUAAAAUUUGCUGCAGCACAUUAUAAUGCAGAGAUCUUAAAAAGUAUUGAUAAUGAGUGGAGAAAGACUCAAUGCAUGCCACGUGAGGUGUGUAUAGAUGUGGGGAAGGAGUUUGGAGCAGCUACAAACACCUUCUUUAAACCUCCAUGUGUGUCCGUCUACAGAUGUGGGGGCUGCUGCAACAGUGAGGGGCUACAGUGCAUGAACACCAGCACAGGCUACCUCAGCAAAACGUUGUUUGAAAUUACAGUGCCUCUCUCUCAAGGCCCCAAACCAGUAACAAUCAGUUUUGCCAAUCACACUUCCUGCCGGUGCAUGUCUAAACUGGAUGUUUACAGACAAGUUCACUCAAUUAUUAGACGUUCCCUGCCAGCAGCCCUGCCACAAUGCCAGGCUGCCAACAAGACUUGCCCCACAAAUUACACAUGGAAUAGUCAAGUCUGCAGAUGCCUCACUCAGCAGGAUUUUAUUUUUACCUCUAGUGCUGAAGACGACGUGGCAGAUGGAUUCCAUGACAUCUGUGGACCCAACAAGGAACUGGACGAAGAGACCUGUCAAUGUGUCUGCAAAGGGGGGCUUCAGCCUUCCAGCUGCGGGCCCCACAAAGAACUAGACAGAGACUCAUGCCAGUGCGUCUGUAAAAACAAACUUUUCCCCAACUCAUGUGGGACCAACAGAGAAUUUGAUGAAAACACAUGCCAGUGCGUAUGUAAAAGGACCUGCCCAAGAAAUCAGCCCCUCAACCCUGGGAAGUGUGCCUGUGAAUGUACAGAAAAUCCACAGAAAUGCUUCUUAAAAGGAAAGAAAUUUCAACAUCAAACAUGCAGUUGUUACAGACGACCAUGUACAAAUCGACUGAAGCAUUGUGAGCAGGGACUGUCAUUUAGUGAAGAAGUAUGUCGCUGUGUCCCUUCAUAUUGGAAAAGACCACAUAUGAACUGAGAUUGUUCUAUUUUCCAGUUCGUCAUUUUUCUGUCAUGGAAAACUGUGUUGCCACUUUAGAACUGUCUAUGAACAGAGAGACCUUGUGGGACCAUGGUAACAAAGACAAAAGUCGGCGUUUUCUGAACCAUGUGGAUAACUUUACAGAAAGAGACUGGAGCUCAUCUGCAAAAGACCUCUCGUAAAGACUGGGUUUCUGCCAAUGACCAAACAGCCGAGGUUUUUUUGUUGUGAUUUAAAAAAAAAAAAUAAUGACUAUAUAAUUUAUUUCCACUAAAAAUAUUGUUUCUGCAUUCAUUUUUAUAGCAAUAACAAUUGGUAAAGCUCACUGUGAUCAAUAUUUUUAUAUAAUGCAAAAUAUGUUUAAAAUAAAAUGAAAAUUGUAUUAUAACCUG